CCGUGCUGAGGAUGGCCAGGCAGCAGCCGCCGCCCUGGGUCCACGCAGCCGUCCUGCUCUGCCUCCUCUGCCUCAGUGGGGCCAUCGAGAUUCCUAUGGAUCCAAGCAUUCAGAAUGAGCUAUCCCAGCCCCCAACCAUCACCAAGCAGUCUGUGAAGGACCACAUCGUGGAUCCCCGCGACAACAUCUUGAUCGAGUGUGAAGCCAAGGGGAACCCUGCUCCCAGCUUCCACUGGACUCGAAACAGCAGGUACUUCAACAUUGCCAAGGACCCUCGAGUGUCAAUGAGGAGGCGGUCUGGGACCCUGGUGAUCGACUUCCGCAGCGGGGGCCGGCCCGAGGAAUAUGAGGGGGAAUACCAGUGCUUCGCCCGCAACAAAUAUGGCACGGCCCUGUCCAACAGGAUCCGCCUGCAGGUGUCCAAGUCUCCCCUGUGGCCCAAGGAAAACCUAGACCCUGUCGUGGUUCAAGAAGGCGCUCCCUUGACACUCCAGUGCAACCCCCCGCCCGGACUUCCAUCCCCAGUCAUCUUCUGGAUGAGCAGCUCCAUGGAGCCCAUCACCCAAGACAAGCGUGUCUCCCAGGGCCACAACGGCGACCUGUAUUUCUCUAACGUGAUGCUCCAGGACAUGCAGACGGACUACAGCUGCAACGCACGUUUCCACUUCACCCACACCAUCCAGCAGAAGAACGCCUUCACCCUCAAGGUCCUCACCAACAACCCCUAUAAUGACUCGUCCUUAAGAAACCACCCUGACAUGUAUAGUGCGCGAGGAGUUGCAGAAAGGACCCCCAGUUUCAUGUACCCCCAGGGCACGGCGAGCAGUCAGAUGGUGCUGCGCGGCAUGGAUCUCCUGCUGGAGUGCAUCGCCUCCGGGGUCCCAACACCAGACAUCGCGUGGUACAAGAAGGGUGGGGACCUCCCCUCUGACAAGGCUAAGUUUGAGAACUUUAACAAGGCUCUACGCAUCACCAACGUCUCCGAGGAAGACUCCGGGGAGUAUUUCUGCCUGGCCUCCAACAAGAUGGGCAGCACCCGGCACACGAUCUCGGUGAGAGUAAAGGCUGCUCCCUACUGGCUGGACGAACCCAAGAACCUUAUCCUGGCUCCUGGCGAGGAUGGGAGGCUGGUGUGUCGAGCCAAUGGGAACCCCAAGCCCACUGUCCAGUGGAUGAUAAAUGGGGAGCCUCUGCAGUCGGCACCACCCAACCCGAACCGUGAGGUGGCUGGGGACACCAUCAUCUUCCGGGACACCCAGAUCAGCAGCAGGGCGGUGUACCAGUGCAACACGUCCAACGAGCACGGCUACCUGCUGGCCAACGCCUUCGUCAGCGUGCUGGAUGUGCCACCUCGGAUGCUGUCACCCCGGAACCAGCUCAUUAGGGUGAUCCUGUACAACCGGACACGGCUGGACUGUCCGUUCUUUGGGUCCCCCAUCCCCACGCUCCGAUGGUUUAAGAACGGGCAGGGGAGUAACCUGGAUGGUGGGAACUACCACGUCUAUGAGAAUGGCAGUCUGGAAAUCAAGAUGAUCCGCAAAGAGGACCAAGGCAUCUACACCUGUGUCGCCACCAACAUCCUGGGCAAAGCUGAAAACCAGGUCCGCCUGGAGGUCAAAGACCCCACCAGGAUCUUCCGGAUGCCCGAGGACCAGGUGGCCAAACGGGGCACCACGGUGCAGCUGGAAUGUCGGGUGAAGCACGACCCCUCCCUGAAGCUCACGGUCUCCUGGCUAAAGGAUGAUGAGCCUCUCUACAUCGGAAACAGGAUGAAGAAGGAAGACGACUCCCUGACCAUCUACGGUGUGGCCGAGCGGGACCAGGGCAGUUACACCUGUGUUGCCAGCACUGAGCUGGACCAGGACCUGGCCAAGGCCUACCUCACUGUGCUAGCUGAUCAGGCCACUCCAACUAACCAUUUGGCGGCCCUGCCCAAAGGACGGCCAGACCGACCCCGGGACCUGGAGCUCACAGACCUGGCCGAGAGGAGCGUGAGGCUGACCUGGAUCCCAGGGGAUGACAACAACAGCCCCAUCACAGACUUCGUCGUCCAGUUCGAAGAGGACCAGUUCCAGCCUGGGGUCUGGCACGACCAUUCCAAGUUCCCGGGCAGUGUCAACUCUGCCGUCCUCCAGCUGUCCCCAUAUGUCAAUUACCAGUUCCGGGUCAUUGCCAUCAACGAGGUGGGCAGCAGCCACCCCAGCCUCCCCUCCGAGCGCUACCGGACCAGUGGGGCGCCCCCUGAGUCCAACCCUGCCGACGUGAAGGGAGAAGGCACCAGGAAGAACAACAUGGAGAUCACGUGGACGCCCAUGAACGCCACCUCUGCCUUUGGCCCCAACCUGCGCUACAUCGUCAAGUGGCGGCGGAGAGAAACUCGAGAGUCGUGGAACAACGUCACAGUCUGGGGUUCCCGCUACGUGGUGGGGCAGACCCCCGUCUACGUGCCCUAUGAGAUCCGAGUCCAGGCCGAAAAUGACUUUGGAAAGGGCCCUGAGCCAGACACUGUCAUCGGUUACUCCGGGGAAGAUUAUCCCAGGGCUGCACCCACUGACGUUAAAAUCCGAGUCCUGAACAGCACGGCCAUCAGCCUGCAGUGGAACCGCGUCUACCCCGACACGGUGCAGGGCCAACUCAGGGAGUACCGAGCCUACUACUGGAGGGAGAGCAGCUUGCUGAAGAACCUGUGGGUGUCUCAGAAGAGGCAGCAAGCCAGCUUCCCUGGUGACCGCCCCCGUGGCGUGGUGUCCCGCCUCUUCCCCUACAGUAACUACAAGCUGGAGAUGGUCGUGGUCAAUGGGAGAGGCGAUGGGCCUCGCAGUGAGACCAAGGAGUUCACCACCCCGGAAGGAGUACCCAGUGCCCCCAGGCGUUUCCGAGUCCGGCAGCCCAACCUGGAGACAAUCAACCUGGAGUGGGAUCACCCGGAACACCCCAAUGGCAUCCUGAUCGGAUACACGCUCAAAUACCUGGCCUUUAAUGGAACCAAAUUAGGAAAGCAGAUAGUGGAAAACUUCUCUCCCAAUCAGACCAAGUUCACGAUGCAAAGAGCAGACCCCGUAUCGCGCUACCGCUUUACCCUCAGUGCCAGGACGCAGGUGGGCUCUGGGGAAGCUGUCACCGAGGAGUCACCAGCACCCCCGAAUGAAGCCACUCCAACCGCAGCUCCUCCCACGUGGCCCCCGACCACGGUGGGUGCGACAGGCGCUGUGAGCAGUACUGGCGCUACUGCCCCCGCUGUCACCACCGAAGCCACAACAGUCCCCACCAUCCCAAGUGUCGCACCUACCACCGUGGCCACCACCACCGCUGCCACCACUACAACCACUGCCGCCACCACCGCAGAGAGGCCUCCCACCACCGCCUCCGGGACUAAGAUGCCCGAAUCUGCCCCCGACAGGCAGUCCAUAUGGAACGUCACGGUGCUCCCCAACAGUAAAUGGGCCAACAUCACCUGGAAGCACAAUUUCGGGCCCGGAACUGACUUUGUGGUUGAGUACAUCGACAGCAACCAUACGAAAAAAACUGUCCCUGUUAAGGCCCAGGCCCAGCCUAUACAGCUGACAGACCUCUAUCCCGGGAUGACUUACACCUUGCGCGUUUAUUCCCGGGACAACGAGGGCAUCAGCAGUACCAUCAUCACCUUUAUGACCAGUACAGCUUACACCAACAACCAGGCAGACAUUGCCACCCAGGGCUGGUUCAUUGGGCUCAUGUGUGCCAUCGCCCUCCUGGUGCUGAUCCUGCUCAUCGUCUGUUUCAUCAAGAGGAGUCGGGGCGGCAAGUACCCAGUGCGAGAAAAGAAGGAUGUUCCCCUGGGCCCCGAAGACCCCAAGGAAGAGGACGGCUCCUUUGACUACAGUGACGAGGACAACAAGCCCCUGCAGGGCAGCCAGACGUCCCUGGAUGGCACCAUCAAGCAGCAGGAGAGUGACGACAGCCUGGUGGACUAUGGCGAGGGUGGCGAGGGGCAGUUCAACGAGGACGGGUCCUUCAUCGGCCAGUACACGGUCAAAAAGGACAAGGAGGAGACAGAGGGCAAUGAAAGCUCAGAGGCCACGUCGCCUGUCAACGCCAUCUAUUCUCUGGCCUAACGGAGCCCCCUCGCCCAGGACACAGCCACUACUUUGCAAGUGGGAGGAGGGGAGGGGGGAGAUGAAGCCACCGCAGACCUACCACACUGUCGCCACCUCCUUCAGGGACAAGGGUACAACAAGGGGGUCUGCCAAGCUGUGAGGACCAGUGACGGCCCAGCCAACCCCAAGCCCCCUCCCGAUGACCGCCCCUGCACCCCCGGGGUGCCACCGUGUGGAGGAGUCCUGGCUAAGCUCAGCUGGAGGGAGCCCAGCCCUUCGCUCAACCAGGCUGGAGCCUCCCCCAUCCUGGCCCCCCCUUGCCCUCCGCACGCGCACUCACCGGUUUCUGUUGGUCACGGCCCUUCGUGUUAUCCUUAUUUUUCUUUUGUGCAUCUUCCCCGUCCAGACCCAGCGUCUCCAUUUUCUUUUCCUUUCGAAGAAAUGUCCCUGGACAAAGAAAGAAUGGGUGGAUUCUCCCCCAGAUGGGCAAAAGGAUUGACCUGUAAAAGAUGUUGUAGAAAAGCUGUCGUAUUCUCACCGCCCCCGGGCCAACGUAUUUCCGAAGGAUGCCUUUCUCGCCAGAUGCCUCCCCGGGCCCCCAACCCAUGCGCCUUGGCCUUGUCAGUUGAUGAGCUGGGCUUGGCUGCUUUCUGGAAAAUGACAGUAUUUUUGGCAGGGAGAGAGUGGGCAGGCCUCCUUGCCCCGCUCUGGUUCAGUCAGGAGGUGGGCUUACCUCUUGCUCCUGGCUCUCACCCUGCCCCUUCCCCCAGCGUGUCCCAGACAAGAGCUGCGCCAGCUCUGAAGGAGUCUGAGGAGCGGGAGCGGCCACGGAUGGGAAGAGCUUUGAAGCCAGUGGCCGAGUACCUCAAGCAGAAGGAAACCGGGCGUCUGGUCCCUGGGGAGCUGUGCUCACCUCAGGAGAGAAGGAAAGGGCUGGGUUUGGACUUCCUUCCUCCCCAUCGGUGAAACCCAGGAUGUGGGAGAGAGGACCGUGCACCCUGCCUCGAGGGAUGAGGGCAACCCCCACCGGGUCAGGGAUCCCCGCUGCUACCCUCCCGGGGAUGGAACCAGGCGAUGCAGAAGCUUUGCUGAUGUGUUUGGGGGUACAAGGUGCUGCUCCCCCUCUUGCCUCUAGCAAGUAGCAUCUCCUUCAUCAAUUCUGUAAGACGUCGAAAGUGGUGUUUCACACCGUGCCGCCCCCCGAGACCGAACCAGUGUGUCCUGUCCUCGGGGUAUUUACAUAUCAGGAGAGUGCGCGGGAACACCACGCUGACCGCGCUGGAGAGCCUGGCCUGGGGACCCCGCGCCCUCCGGAUGCCUUACGCAGCUCUGAUGUGGUCCCCAGCAGCUACCAGGUCCCCAGCCCCUGCCCGUAAACCUCGAAGCCUCCAGCGAUGUCUCUCAAGAAUGGAGCGGCCCCAGCAAACGACACCACAGACCCAGAGCAGCCGCUCGCCGCGUGCCCUGCACCCCGUUGCCCAGCCCGAGACCCACACAGCCUGCAGUGCUCAGAGACCCAAGGCGCGGCCUUCAGCCUCCCCACCUAAUCCGUUUCUGAAACCAAAGGUACCUAGCCUCAGAGAGAGAUCUUGAGCCUGAGAGCAACCUGGUAGCGGUCGCUGCAGCUAGAGCUGGUUUCGGAGGGGGAAGCUGACCCCCCAUCUGGACUGCCUGCCAUGGGCACAGCCUCUGGGCCGAGCCUCCAGCUGCUCACCUGGCAGCCUGGGCAGCAACGGAGCUGCGUCCUUCAGAGGCUCGAUCAAAGCAUCGUUUGCCACACGUUUACGCCACAAAGGUAUUAGCAAUGUUUGCAUCCCUUCAUAAUCAGUCAGCUGAAGGUCAGGCGCAUAGACACACGUACUCUGUCUGCAGGUAAGAAACCAUAGCCCAGAGCUGAGCCAGUUGUGCUGUUUGAACCUGAGAGCAGGUGCCUGGCCUUUGGCCCCAGCCGUGGCCAGCCUUUGCAGCCCAGAAGCCCCAGGGACAGCUCUCUCAUGCUAAAUGGGGACAGGGUGAAUCACGGGGGGCUAGGAGUGAGCUUAGGGGCCCCCUCCUCUGGCUUUCCUCUACAGCUGGGCAGUCCUGCACCCAAGCCCAGCCUCUCCAGGGAACGUCAGGAAAGUAUGCCUAUAAACUGAAUUAAAGGACCAGCCUUUCCAGAAUAUGCUCUGGAUCUGAGCAGAGUAGACAGUGUCUUGGGCACCCCCCCCAAGCGACACCCCCACACCAGUGAGCUCAGUGCACUGCAGGCCGGCUCGUUGGGUAAGGGGACCGUGCACUGUCACGGUGCCCAUUCCCCCGGCCGUGCAGCUGAGGACCGCAGAAGGCCUCCUGCCGCCCAAGGGUCUGGGGGAGAGAUGAUUGCUCAGCCUAUCCGCUCUUCAUGGGUGUCGUGCCCGCUCUGCACCAGCUCCCUCCGUGUUGGAAGGCCGUGCGGGCAGCCACAUGGAGAGGGCCGUCCGCACCCCCACAGCCCUCCUGGCAGGCAGGAGCCCACCUGAGCCCGGAGAAGCUGUCUCCCCUGAGCAGAGAUGCUUAGAGAGGUGUGUGUAGGGCAGGGUUAGGGAGCAGCCCUUCCAGGAAGAGACUGUCCAUUUCCCAUGAGCCCGUGCCAGAGCCCAGCCCACUCAGCCAGAAAGCAGUAUUGUCCCGCACACCCUGCCACUGGGGCUCUCAAGCAACCGCCCAAAAACAUACCAACCAUGGGGCCAGGAGACACCAUCAGAGCUUCUGCCUGCCUGGCUGUAGGGGGUGGGGGGAGUCUCUCAGUGAUCCCAGAAAUCCUGUUGCCUGUGCUGUGGCCCCACCUGUCUGUGCUGAGCCACCAAAGCUGUGGGCUCAGGAAACAGCCUUGAACUUCUAGUCUGAGCCAUAGUGACAUGUGAGCCCUGCCCUCCCAGGCCUGGAGCUGAGAUGCAGGACACAGUGGGCAUUGGUUGGGGGCACCUUGAGAUCUCAAGCCUCCGGUUGCUCCAGGGUCCAAGGGAGAAGCUCCGGCAAGAGCACGUAGUCCGAAGCUCCGGCAAGAGCACGUAGUCCACGAGGCUGAGGAAGAUGGGGGGGGGGUCCCCUGUGGGGUGGGAUCGAGGACCAAUCCUGCUUCCUGAGUCUCUUUGGUCUGCCCCUUGGGGCAAGUUGCUUGACUUGUCUGUAUGUUGGUGCCCCCAGUUCUCCUGUGUCAUCCCUCCUUUGAAUACCUGUGCCCACGGAGGGACAGGAACCCAGCUGAAGGAGCAGGAAGGCCAGUGACUAAGGUGUACAGCGCUGCAGGGCCAGGGACAGCUGCCUCCCACCCUGCCUGGCUUUUGUGAAGGGGACCCAUCUUUCCUUAUCUUAGUUUUGAGGAGAUAGUUGAGGCUCAGCUAAAGGGAAAACCAGACCAGCUCUUUCCCUUGUCCAUUGUCUUUGCCCUAGGGUGGGGGCAUCUGUUCUAGCCCUUCCUGGCAAGUCCCAAGGUCUGGAGGAGGGUCCACCUCUCCCAGAAGCAGCCAGUGCCAACAGUGCACACCCUGGCUGGGGGGGUCUCUGCAACCUGGGCCAGAUAUGGCUUUCAUGGCUUCGACGGACACAGCCUGAGGAAAGGGCUGCAGACAGGUGUGGGUUUUCCCCCGCCCACACCCAGCACCCAUGCAUGGGCACAGCCACACAGUAGGGCAGCGCCUGCAGGGGGAACGGUACAGAUUAUGACAUUGUCUUAGGGUGGGUUCACACCCUGGCCCACUUGAGAGGUUGGACCCCUCUUGAAGGAUUCCUGCAGACAGAACCCAGAGAGUCUGAUCUGAAGGAGAGGGAAGCUUCCCUGGGAGAACCUGGGGCAGAGGAUCUUUAAGGGUCCAGGGGCCCUUUGCAGGAUCCGAGCCAAGCCACAGAGAGUCCCAAACAGCCCGUGGGACAGAAGCAGCGGGGAUUGAACACACUUUGUCUCAGUCUUAGCAAGGCUGCUUCACCAACACUGAAGAGGGGAGGCUCCCCCGGCUCUCAGGGGGAGGGCAGCCGGUUCCUUGGGUGCGGGCACAGGCGAGCUCCCCAUUUGUGACACCGGGGUCAGCACUCCUGCCGUCCCUGUGAAACACACACACGUCUGCUAGGAAGAAACCACCCGGUGGACCUUGGCUGAGCUUCAUGAGGUGGCUUAGAAGUAGCGCUUAGGAGUUCCCUGAUUGGAAAAAAAAAAAAAAAAAACAAGAAAUUGGAGGAGACACGUGAAUGAAACAGAAAGCUUGAAAUGCCAGGAGGAGACCGGGCUCUAAGCAGAACCCAGCUCCCGGCAGCCCAUCCCCUAAACCAGGCCGGGGCCAGCCCAUAGGAGGUCAGACCAACCUUGCUGCUCUCACCGGCCCGCCCCCGCCCAAGCCCGGGCCGCGCCCUUCCUUCCCUCCGCUGUUGAGAACAGCCUUCCCGAGAUAGGUUCAGAGAAGGAUCAGAGGGACAGGACCACCACCCAGGGAAGCCACGAGUCUCCACGGAGCAGUGUCCCGCGCCACACCCCCAACCAGGGCACCUCCAUCGACACAGUAGUAUUAAACAGAAGUUGUCUGACGCUAAGGGUAGAAACAAGCUCGUCCCAGAGCGCGUCGCUUUGGAGAGCUUCAAACCGCAGCACGUGGGGGAAUCAGAGCCGAUCUCAUGGACAGGACUCUUCGGACAGACGAGGACACUAAAAUCCACGGAGGGGAAGGGACUGGCCCAAGGUCACUCGGCUGGCAAAUCAGGGUGAGGGAGAGCCUGAACCCGGGCCUCCAGAGUCCUUGUCUAGGGUUCUCCACCUGCCUGCAGGUGCCUCCUGGGAAAUAGAGCUGUAACUUCUGUCUGUACCUCAUAUCACUUCUCCCCAUGCCCCGUGCACCUCCCAAAAUGAAAGACACAAAGGAUUUUUCUGAGACUGAGACCAGUCUGUCUGUGACAGCCCGUGGGGAAGCCAGCUGCGCGGGGCAGACCCCGGCUGGGAGAGUGAGGAGCCGACUGGUGUCUGUCACUGUGAAGUCUGGACUGUAGUCUGGAGUGGCAUCUCUUGUUCCGUGACACUUGGGGCCCCCAGCAGGCUGCGUCCCUCGGGCCCUUGGCCGUGGGGUGCUGAGGGGCGGCCGGGCCACAGAGGCUCUGCCACCCUGGGGUUCACUGGGCUGGAGUUCAGCACACAGAAAGAGUUCAGUGAAGCAAUAAACACAAAAAUCUGGGAGAAGAAAUCCAGAAUUUUGUGCCCUACUCUGUUUCUUUUUCAAAAACGAUGCCGAUCAGUUGACCCUGCCCCUGUUGUUGUUGGUUUUUUGGGUUUUUUUCUUGAUCCCUCCCAGUUGGACAUCCUCAGUCAGUGUUGUCCCUCUGCCCGGCUCCCAGCUCUUUGCCAACUUCACACUCCUCCUGGGCUGAGCAUCAGUCGCCUGUGACAUGGUCGCCUUCUGUCCCGGUCCCACCCCCAGCCCACGCUGGCCCCAGAGGACCUUCUCCCUACCUCCCCCCUCCCCUGGCACCCGCUUCCCCCCAACACCGUGCCGCAUUAUUCCUUCCAGGGGGGAGAUUUUUUUCCCUGCCAUCUCCAUGCCCUCCCACACACCCAUACACCUGCAGAGUGGUCUGAUCUUUUUUCCAUUGGUUAAAAAUUUAACUCUCCAUGGCAGACCUUGUUUUAACCCCUCUCACAUCACGUUCUUUCCUCUCUGAGAGUUCUUUUGCAUUAACCAACGUUGUCAGCGACAGACACGGAUCUGAGGGUGUCACGUGCGACCUUCAGCAGGGAAGACUUCCGGGCCGUAGAGGACCAUCUAAUACGUGGACUUAUAAACUGACUGCAUGAGCAAUGAAAAGGCCAAAUUAUUCAGAAUUCUUUUUUUUUUUUUUUUUUUUGGAAUCACUGUAAAAAAAAAAAAAACAACAACAAACAACAACUGAUUUCUUUUGUAUAGAGAACACUAAACGUAUAAUAAAAGUUGUUCAAAAUGGA